UAAGAGGUCAAAUAUAAAAUUUUACUUUAGCUAGGUUUUUAUUUUAUUUUUUUAAAAAAUUGAAAAUGAAGCCCAUUGUAGAUUAUAAAGUGGCGACUUCUGUAGAUCCAACGCCAAUAAAUUUAUUGACACCAGGACCAGAUUAUGAAAAAUACCAUACAACGUGGUUGGAAGACAAAUGGUUUCCUUUCAUGGGGUUUGUAUUGGGUGCGGGUUCAGUCUGGUACACCUAUACAAUUAAUAGAAGGCCUUUUUAUUCUGGAUUACAUGUAAAGCUAGGUGCUGGAAUCAUUGGCGCUACUGCCCUCUAUUAUUACAAGCAAUAUAGAACUUCAUACUUGGCUGAUAAAGAUGCCAUGUACAGACAUUACAUUCAACUACACCCUGAAGAUUUCCAAGCUCCAGAACGCAAGAAAGUUGGAGAACUAUUCAAGGAAUGGGUCCCUGUACGCUAAUUUUUAAGAAUUUACAAAAUUAGAAUUAGUUAAUCAGAGAUAAACUUUCAAAUAUUUUAUUGUUAAAGUGUAAAAGUAACCUUUGAAUUGUAAAGAAAUGAAUGCCUUGUAGAUUAUUUUCAUGUACAAGUUAUGCAGCUGUACAAUUAUAAAAUAACAAAUAUCUAUAGUAACUCUUGUCUAUUAUUCAGUUAUUUGAUUAAAAAUUCAUUUUUUGUUUAAA